GGAGCACUAGCGUAUAAAUACGACGAAAAACGUACUUUUCAUAAUAGUUCGUUUUAAAAAAUCACAACAGUUACACCUUUAUUUUUCAGUAGAUAUACGUUACCAAUAUAUAUAUAUCAGAAACCAAUUAUUUUGUUGUACCUAAAAUGUCUUUGGUGCCAUUGUUCUUCCGAGACUGGUGGGAAGAUUUCGAACGCGAGCGAUUACCAAGACGAUUAUUGGACCAACACUUUGGUCUGGGAUUGCAUAGAGAUGAUCUGUCCAAUUUGACGUCUGCUCUGUCUUCGCCUUCUCUGAGAUCAGCCACAUACUAUAGACCAUGGCAAGGUGUACUUAACAGGCAAAAUAGUGGUACGUCCAACCUUAAGUUUGAUGAAAAACAAGUGCAAGUUAUAUUGGACGUCCAACAAUUUGGACCCGGCGAGAUUACCGUUAAAACGUCAGAAGGAGCAAUAAUUGUAGAAGGAAAACAUGAAGAAAAACAAGAUGAGCAUGGUUUUAUAUCCAGACAAUUUAAAAGAAGAUAUUUAUUACCUAAAGAUGUGGACAUAGAACAGAUCGUUUCAAGCUUGUCUUCAGAUGGAAUACUUACAGUUAGCGUCCCUAAAAAGGAAACCCAAGUAACAGGUGAACGCAGUGUACCAAUUAUUCAAACAGGAAUACCAGCAGUAAAAGCAGCUGAAGCAAUGAAAAAUGACGAAACUCCCAUAGUUACUGAAAUUAAAGUUGAACAUCAAUAACUUUGUUCUUUUAUAUUAUACUAAUAAUGGAUUUUGAUUUUUGAAUAAUGUUUUAUUUAUAAAAUGUAACUUAUGAUAAAUACAAUAUUUUUUUAUUGUUCAUGUUGUCCACAUAAUUGAAUUAUUUUUAAAUUAUAAUAAUUUGAAUGACUAAUAUAUAACAAUUCAUUGAAGAACUUCUUCGAUGAAUGGACAAUUAAACAAAUAAUGAUUUUUACCACCUAAGCUUUUCACAAUAGUUAAUUCACAAUCGGUAUUUUCAUAUUUUUCCAAUAAUUCUUUGUUUUUUUCAUUUAUCUGGAUAGAAUUAUCUAAAAAACAAAUAUAAUAUUUUGAAAUUAAAUUAAUGACACUUAUAUAGCUUUAAAAAUUAACAAUUUAGUGUUUACCUAAGAUGCAUAGAGCAACAUGAGUUGGAUGAAAUAGUAAUUCUGCUGGAAGUUUUUUUAUAUUUCUAGAAUUCAAAUAUGCAAUGUUUCCCAAAUCUACAGAGUGUACUUUAACCAAUUCACCAGGUUUCAUUUGAUCACAUAUUACUCUGUACCACAUACCAUCUAAAAUUAAAUAAAUAAAUAUAUAAAUGUUA